AUGCUAAAUGUUGAUGAUUUUGUGUCUGAGCAAGCAGCUAAUGUGGAAGCUGAGAAAGAGAAGGUUCUUGAUGAUGUUGAAGGUGAUGAUGUCAAUAAAAGUACAACAAGCUCUUCGAGUUCUUCUGAUGAUGAAAUAGAUGAGUCUGAACGUCUAAAGAGAAUUCAAGAAGCUACAGAGAAAGAGAAACAAUUGAGAAAAAGGAAGAGACAGGAGAAAGAUGAUGCUGCAUACAUUCCAUCUCCUGAGCACGUUUCUGAAUCACAAUCACCUUCAAGCGGCAAAAAGAAAGCAGGUGCAAAGAAAAGAAUUGUAUCUCCAAAAAUAAAGAAAGUUACUACAAAGAUUACAAAGCCCAAGAUUGUUUUGAAGAAGAAGCCAGCCAAAGAAUCCAGUAAACAAUCAACACCACCGCCCGAACCUACACCAAUAGAAUCACCACCACAUCAAACACCUCCACGACAACAAACACCUCCACAACAACCUUCACCUCCAAAACAACCAACUCCACCCAGACAACCAUCACCAUUACAUCUUUCACCUCUACAUCUUUCACCACCAUAA